AUUGACGAUGUCUCAAGUUUUCACUGUCAGUUGUGCGAGUACGAUCUCUGUGUUCCCUGUGCGAGAGAGGAAAUGGGUCUAGAGCGGUACGGGUCUUCCCAGCACGCGGCUAAGCGGACGGCGAUGAAAAAACGGAGGAGCGACGUCGGAUUGCCGGAUGAACACGAGAGGCAAUCGCGGAACGUAGGCGGAGCACUCAAAAGUGCCGAUACCUCUUCGAAAGGGAGAACAAGAGACGAAGCUGCACGAGCAAAUCGUCAGGGUAGUGCUACGACGGC